UACUACUAGUCUAGAAUUUGUUUGUUGAGAGUUUGUCGAUGAGUGAGAAUGGUAUGAAGAGUGAGGUGAUUCUUCAUCAUUUCCUCCAUCAACACCCGCUUAUUCUCACCGUAGCUGAUGCGACUGGAUACGACCGGCCACGGUGUGACGUCUGCGGGUGUGAGAUCUUCUCCGGAGACACGAUCUACAAAUGCAGCCACGACAACUGCAGCAGCGACCACCGCAUAACAUUACACAAAGAAUGCGCAGAAAGGCCGCGAGAGAUCAGUCUGUCCUCCCACCCUCAGCACUCCCUCAUCCAAAACAAACUCCCUUAUACAGGUGAUGUAGAGACGUGGGAUGUACCUACGUUGAUUCCCCCAUCAUGUGCAGUGUGCACACAUAUGAUCGAAGGAGGGAAAGGGUACAGCUGCAGCAGCUGCAAUUUCUACAUCCACAUAGGGUGCGCGCAUAGCAUGGAUGUGAUGGGCGAGCCUAGCUUCACCAGACACCCCAGCCAUCCGCGCCACGACCUCACGCUGCUGCGGAGGCCGGAUGCCUUGUUGAGGUGCGAUGCUUGUGGCACCAUUCACAGAGGGAACUCCUAUAUCUGCACCGUCUGUCCGUACUGCAUCAAUGAGAGUUGUGCGGCCUUGCCUGCUGCCUUCGACUGUGGCCACCUCCACGACCACCCGCUGUCCCUUGCUUAUCGCCUCCCGCUUGAAUAUAUCAAGUACCGUUUCAGGUGUGAAGUGUGUUACAAGGACUUGUCCCCUAAUAAUUGGGUCUAUCAUUGUGGGAUUUGCAGAUAUGUUGUCCAUAUCAAUUGUGCCACCUCUCCCCUCAUCCAGAACACUGUUGAUGUGGAUCCGGACGUCGUUGUGUGUCCCAUAAAUGACAUAGCGGAAGAGGUUAUUGGACCAUUUGUUAGGAAAUCAGGAAUGGCAGCCAUCUCUAAUGUUGAUGAGUUCGUCAAAUGCAAAAAUGAAUUCCAUAACCCUGAUCAUCAGUUACGUAUAAUCUCAUCAUCACCAUGUCAUCAACAAAAAGAAAAGGAAGAUGAAGAAGAUGAAGAAGAAGAUGAUGAUGAUCUUAAGUAUGGGUUUAAGUCCAAAUUGGUAUGUGAUGGAUGCACCGCCCCAAUUUCAUCCUCCUCAAGUGAAUACAUAAGUUGUGGUGAAUGCGAAUACUUUCUUCACUUAGCUUGCUAUGUAUUACCAUUUGGGUUAUCCGGUCAUCCCCUCCACCCCCAACCUAAUCACAUCCUAACCCUUCAAAUGUGUCCAACACUCAACUUUAUUCGCUGCACCAUCUGUAGGUUCGACACAAAUGGACUCGUAUAUUGUUGCAAACAGUGCAACUUCAAAGUAGAUAUAAAGUGCUUUUGUCUGCCCGACACCAUAAGACACGCUGCUCACCCGCGCCACAAUCUCAACCUUCAGCUCAUGGAAGUGAUGACCAAGGGGAAAAGGAACAUUCCGCGCAUGUGCUGUGCUUGUGGUGUAAAUACAUAUGGUAAUUUCUGUUACAUAUGUGAUGUCUGCGAUAUCAUACUGCAUUCAUGGUGUGCUCUGCUGCCCGCACAAGUGAGUAAUCGUAGAUGGGAUAAGCACCCGCUGCCGCUGACUUUUGAUGCUACCGCCAAUCAUCCCAGUGAGUUCUACUGCGAACUCUGUGAAAAGGAGAUGAAUCCCAAGACAUGGAUGUAUCACUGCCGAGGCUGUGAUGCUUCAAUCCAUCCUGCUUGUUUGCCAACCGCGCUGGGAUGGUGUCGGAACAUCAAGUUUGGGCAGCGAUAUGUUAUCGGGGCAUUUCACAAACACGACAUCGGGUAUUCUGCAAGCUAUCCUCGACGGUCGAGGAUCUUGUCAGCCUGGUAUCAGAGCAUCACGGAGUUUGCGCAGCGAUAUGAUGGCAUGACACUUCACCAAUACCCUGUCGCAUAUCAACUAACCAAUAAGUUACGCUGCAGCAUAUGCGGCGUAAGGAAGGUUUAUGGUACCCAUGGAUUUCAGUGUGAUUCACACAAAUGUGACUUCUUCGUUUGUUUUGACCUGUGUGCUAGAUAUCUCCAAAAUCAAACAGACUUUACAUGAAGACAACUCAGAUUCUAUAUCUCCACUGCUUGUAAUAAACAACUACUCCUACUUACUAUCUUCUCUAUGUCUUACAUCUAUCUAUCUUUUGUUAUAUAUCCUGUAAUUCAAUGUCAUAUACUAUACUAUUUGAUGUGAAAUAAGA